CCGCGUCCAUCGCCGAUUUGACGUUGGACUGAGCCUGCUGCAAUGACACGCCCUCCUCUUGCACCACCGACUCUGCCUCCUUCACCUCACCCUUAAGCUGGUCUACUAUCGCCUCUUUUCCCGAGAGGGCUGCUUCCGCCGCCUUAGCUGCCUGAACCGCUUUCUCGGCGAGCUGGACCUUCACCUUAACGUUAUCUUCACCCACCUGAUGUGCAGCCUGUUGCCCAGCGAUGUUUUGGGCGUCGGAAGCAGCUUUUGCUUCCUGGGCAGCCUUCUGGGCGAUGCUGGAUGCCUUUUCACUCUGUUUUUUGUGCGCGUCGAUGGAACCAGCUUCGGAAUUUAUGGAACUCUAGAAAAGGGAACACGAGCCCUGGUUUCGUAAGAUGGAAGUAACGACACGGUCCAAGAUCGACGAAAAGUCGAUUAAUCUUGGAUCACAAGCUGACCUCCCUUCCUCGUGGUCUCCACCUCCCUCCCCGACAUUGAAGGGGGAACACAAGACGUCUGUAUAGCAUGGACCAGGCAGCACUGACCAAGUCAAGAGGUAUAAGAGGUCCGAUUGCCGAGUGCACAAGCAUCAGUUCUCAGCCCUCUUCCGGAGCAUAGACAGCUCCAUUUACCAAGCUAGCAACAAGUGUGGUUAACCCUUAGCAGUCCGAUAUCCCUCGAGAUGAAGGUCUUCCUGGUGAUCGCGUGCGUGAUCGGCAUGGCCCUGAGCGGCCCGAGCAAACGGCAGCAGCAGUUGGAGGCGGAGCAGCUCGAGGCAGAGGCCUACGAAUACGACUACGGAAGUGAGCCAUCAGCCUCACACUACGCAGACGCCGCAGUGGCGGCCAGCCACGGCCACGGCCACGGCCAUGGACACGGGCACGGCCACGGCCACGUGGGCUAUAGCUCAGGGGGUGGUUUGGUGAGCAUAGCUCAGGGGGCGGCGGACCAGGCACACAACCAGGUAGCAAACCAGCACAGCGCAGCCGGCCAAGCAGCCUACGUGGCGAAGAACACACUGGCCCAAGCUGCGGCCCAAUCAGCGGCCACAGCGGCGGCCGCACUCGCUGGAAAGCAGAUAAUCCUCCUGGGUCUGGAACAGCAGUCAAGGGACGCUCACGUCGCCGUUGAGGGUGAGAAAAUGCAGCUCCAGCAGGCCCAGCGCGCCGCCACCGCUGCCCAGAACACCGCCCAGCAGGCGAUGCACCAGGUCCAAGUGAUCACAGCUGCUCUGAACGCCGCCCAGGCCACAGCCGACCACGCGGCCCAAGCUGCGGCCGAAGCUGCGGCCGAGCUUGCGGCCCAGACCGCCAUGGUAGGUCAGGCCAAGGCGCGCGCCGAGACCAUUGACGAACAGCUCCACGCUUCCAGGGUGGAUUUCGACGCUACGCAAUCCGCGGCGAACAAGGCUGCAGCGGCGGCUCAGACCGCGCAGAACAACGCGGCCGCGGCUGCGGCACACGCUGCAAGCGCGGCCAGCGCUGCGGCUGGACAUCAUCCCGCCAGUCUUCAUCAGGCCCCGCAGUUGGGGGACUCGCUAGAGUACAAGGGAUACCGGUACUAGGCGUUGUCAGGCCCUUGAUCGUCAACGCUUACCAUCUUUAUCACCGUACCAACCACGAUCUGGCCACUUAUGGCUUGUCACUUCUCAUCGAGUUGGGCGUCAUUUGUUACCCCGGUUUUUUAUACUGAUGAUGAUGUUGUCAUACCGACCACGUCGUUUUAAUUUUUCGGUGUUUUUUUUUUUUUGAAAAUUUUUUU